AUCGAAUUCUGGUUAAGAGAGGCAUCAGGUUCUUCUGCAACCAACGCACACUAUAGAUUGAGGCGAGAAGUCUGGCUCCCGCGUAAAGAGGCUGGGUGGGCUUGCGUUGGAGGGAAAUUAGGGCAUUGAACCAUUGUCAUCGCGACGAUAUUAUUUAGGAAUACGCAUCAAGCAGCCAUCUGAAUCGCUAUUGAUUUAUCUGAAUACUUGGAAACGAGCAUGGCGGGUGGAAAUUUCAUGCACAGAGUAGUUUCUUACCUCGUGAAUGAGGUUCUCGUCAACAGUCUUGCGAAUAGCCGUGCGUUUCAAAGGUUUGCUGUGAGGACAUCAAAGCAGAUCGAGGAUAUAUCCAACAAAGCUGCUCGGAAGAAGCAAGAACUUGCGGAACAAGUGAAAGAUCUCUCCAAAAAUUUUGAUUCUUUCAAGAACCAAUAAUGGCAGAGUGGAACGUUUUAUUGCGACAUUAUGUAAAUCCAAUUCCAACUUUUCAAAUCCGUUUGCUCUUUACUUAUAAUAGUCGCAGAUUCCAUUAAGUAGUAGUAGUACUGUUUACAGCCUUAUCUUGUCUAUGUAAUGAAUAAUUGUGACGGUAAAAUUUUAGAUUUGUUCCUGAAACUUGGGUCAGCUGUGCCUGUGUUUGAAGCCAGCCAGGAUAAACCAAUUUCUGCCUUGCUACCUCUUGACUGUGUAACCUGUUUACAGCCUUAUCUUGUCUAUGUGGGACUUUUAAGGAAUUGCCAAUUUUGGUAUCUCAA